UACGGAAGUUAAAAAUGAAGACGCAGCUAUGUGGAUUAGCUGUGUACGAUGGCUCGUGAUCUUUUCUAUUUAACUUAAUUUUCUUUAAGAAUCCGGAGCUGAUAUGAAGGUUAAACAGUAAACACACUGUGCUCUGAAAGUGAAGCAGUUCUCGUGACAGGAAUCGGACGUGCAGCUUUAAGAAGAUGAGAGCAGGAAUUAAAGGCGGGCGCCUCGUGUGUGUGGGCAUCGUGUUGUGGUCUGCUGAACGAGGUGAUGGGGGCGGGAGCAGUGAGAGGACAGCAGUCCGGGUUCGGAGGAGCCGGUCCGUUCCGCUUCGCUCCGUCUGCCGGAUAUUCCACACACACACACCCUCACACACACCCUCACACACAGACUCGUACUCACACACACUCACACACUCAUCCUCACACACACUCUCACACACAGACUCGUACACACCCUCACACACACACUCAUCCUCACACACACUCUCAAAGACACACUCACACACACACACCCCCUCACUCACACACACUCAGCUGUCAAUCAUGUAGGGAGAGCUUCUCCAUCUUCAGGAGGAGGUAUGUGUGUUGUGAGUGUAGGCGGAGUUUCUGCUCAGUGUGUUCGGUUCUGCAGGAGAACCUGAGGAUCUGCUGCACGUGUAACCUGCUGAAGGCGACGGCGUUCCAGCGGCCGCGCCUCAUGAAGCUGCGCGUUAAAGACCUGCGACGCUACUUAACACUACGCAACAUCAACACCGACACCUGCAGAGAAAAAGAGGACUUGGUCAAUUUAGUGCUGUUUCACCAAGGGGUGGAGAGCGAGGAUGAUUCGGACACGCCCACUUUACCCACAAGCCCACUGUACACCCCACCCACUACAGACUCCGCCUCCGUGCUCUCAUCUGCUCACGAAGAGCCAAUCAGCAGGGACGAUGGCACAGGAUCCACCAAUGAGCAGCUUGUCGACUCUGCGUCACUUUUCACCCUCGAGCCUACAGAACAAACCCCAGAGGUGGUGCGGAGGGCGGGGCGAGCGUCUCUCUCCGACCUGUCGUGUGUGGAUGACGUGGAGCAGCUCACGGUGCGACAGCUGAAGGAAAUCCUGGCCCGGAAUUUCGUCAACUUUUCCGGCUGCUGUGAGAAGUGGGAGCUGGUGGAGCGAGUGAGGAGACUGUACACAGAGAACGAGGACAACCGCAAGUCCAUGGAGAACGUGAGCCACGCUGUCAGCACAGUCGAAGCUUUUCCUCCUGAUGCAGUCAGAGACGGCGGGAGCGCUCGGCUGGCGGCUGAUGAGAAUCUGUGUCGUAUCUGCAUGGACGCGGUGAUCGACUGCGUGCUGUUGGAGUGCGGUCACAUGGUCACGUGUACGAAGUGCGGAAAGCGCAUGAGCGAGUGUCCGAUCUGCAGACAGUUCGUCAUCCGCGCCGUCCACGUCUUCAGGUCCUGACGUCACACACACACGCACGAUAUGCGAACAUUCCACGGGAGACGCCGAUGCAGCAUCUAUUCACACACACACACACACACACACACACCUUGGCUGCGGAGUCAGAUCGGCUCCUCCUUCACUCAGGAUAUAUAACGUUCCAAAUGCUCUUCUUCUCAUUCGUUACGUGUGUGUGUGUGUGUGUGUGUGUGUGUGUGAGGCAAUGUACUUGUGAGCAUUAAUAUCAUGUUAACGUAAUCAGAUGUAAGGGGAAGUCGACAAGCCUCAUGUUCACCUGGAGCACCAGAGCAAUACCUGUGUGUGUGUGUGUGUGUGUGUGUGUGUGAGAUUAUUGUGGUAAGGGUAAUAAUGUGCUCUACUUUGUGUUAAUUCUUCAUUACUCUGUGUGUGUGUGUGUGUGUGUGUGUUUCACUCAAAUAUGUUUAUUUUCUUGUAACAAAAAAAUGAAAGUUUUCUUUAAUCCAUAAUGAACUAAUAAACUACGUGCAACUUCUUACUGCCUUGUGCUAAAAGAAUUAAACGAAUUAAAAAAAAAAAAGCUAAUAAUGCUGUUUGAUGAUGUACUUUUUUCUUCUCUGUUGGUUUGUGCUUUUCAGACUGGUGUAUAAAUCCGUAGUUCAGUUCUUGUCAUAUGGAGGCAUGAUAAAAAACGAUGGUGAAAGAUGAAUAGUGCAGCUGAACCCAUGAGUUACUCUGUUGGGUUUCUGUAAACCUGCAGCCAGAACCUUCGGUGCUUGGACCCCUAAUCAGAACCUUCUGUGCUUGGACCCCUAAUAACACUAUAAUGUGGUUUGAAUUAGCGAAGCAGAUCAGUCCAGGCUCAGUGAGCUCCAUCAACAAAGUUCAGGCGCAACUUUAGCU